CCUCUCGAGGGAUUUUCCCUUUUUUUUUUUUCUUUUUUUUUUCUUUUACCUCUUUUAAAUUUCAAUUUCCAUUUCAAUUUCGUUAUUUUCCCUCUUUCCGAAACCCUUACCCUCGAAUUAAUUUUUUUUUUUCUCAUCAUGACGACCAACACCAAAGCCCUUUGGGGUUUCUGUGAUCGUAUCUUUUAGUGGUAGAUAGAUGAUGCAGCAUCAGAGGCUGAAGCAACAGGCCAUGAUGCAGAAUCCCCAUCCUGCUCUCCUAUCUGCUCCCCAGAUAGAGCCUAUCUUGAGUGGGAAUUUGCCUCCUGGCUUUGAUUCAAGUACAUGCUGCAGUGUGUGAGUGUUGUAGCCUUUUUGCCCUUUAGUGUGUACGUUGGCAACAUCCAACCUCAGGUGACAGAACCCCUUCUUCUAGAGGUUUUCUCAAACGCUGGAUCCAUUGAAGGAUUUAAGCUGAUUAGGAAAGAAAAGUCAUCCUAUGGUUUUGUUGAUUACUUUGAUCACAGAUCAGCUGAUCUUGCUAUUGUGACCCUUAAUGGAAGGCAUCUGUUUGGACAGCCUAUUAAAAUCAACUGGGCUUAUGCUCGUAGUCAAAGAGAGGAUACAUCAGGUCAUUUCAAUGUUUUUGUUGGUGAUCUCAGCCCUGAAGUUACAGAUGCUAUGUUGUAUGCAUGCUUCUCUGUGUGUCAUAAUUGUUCAGAUGCAAGAGUUAUGUGGGACCAGAAGACUGGGCGCUCAAGGGGUUUUGGGUUUGUUUCUUUCAGGAGUCAGCAGGAUGCUCAAAAUGCAAUAAAUGACUUGAAUGGAAAGUGGCUUGGUAGCAGACAAAUUCGGUGUAACUGGGCCACAAAAGGUGCUAGUUCUAAUGAUGACAAGCAGAUUUCUGAUGCCAAAAGUUUUGUAGAGCUAACCAAUGAAGACGAUCAAGAAAAUAAUGAUGAUGCACCAGAGAACAAUCUUCAGUAUACCACCGUUUAUGUUGGCAAUCUUUCUCCUGAGGUUACUUCUGUUGAUCUUCAUAAGCAUUUCCAUGCACUUGGCGUGGGAACUAUUGAAGAUGUGUGGGUGCAACGGGAUAAAGGUUUUGGUUUUGUGAGAUACAGUACACAUACUGAAGCAGCUCUUGCUAUUCAGAUGGGAAAUGCUCGUAUUCUAUGUGGCAACCCAAUUAAGUGCUCCUGGGAUAGCAAACCCACUCCACCAGGAACAAGUUCUACUCCUCUUCCUCCACCAGCCGUUGCACAUAUGCCAGGUCUUUCAAUAACAUUGUUACCAAAAAGUCCUCGAAUGAUGGAUGAUGAUUAUACAAGCAUUAUCUUUUCUUCUGGAAGGUUUUCUUGAUCAUGAACGUAUCCGCAAUCACGUUGUAGAAAGAGUUCAUUUUCCAAUCUUAGGACUUUGUCUUUGGGCAGUUGGUUAUAUGUCAAUUGCAAGAGGUUUUUAGGCGUGUGGUUGUCAAAAUGGUUUUAAGGGUGUGCUAAGACAGGAAUGUCAGUGUUAUGCGAUAAAAACUCUCAAAUUCAGUGGUUGGCAACUUAUUCGGGAUAAACAAGUAUCUCAUAUUACAUAGCAUUGCUAUUUGUACGCGUCUAACAUGCUCAACUCAUAUGUAAUCGAUGAAACCCCUCCAUGCCUUCUCAGUCAACCUCAACUCAUGGGCCAUCGGCUCUUAGCCUCAGUUGCGCUGCAUUCCAAGAAUCCAAGUCACAUGCCCAAGACUUCUUGGUUUCAACAUUCUCUCUUCUGUAGGUAUAAUCGUGUAUAGGGCUAAAUGUGUGGUUCUGUGAAAUGUGAUAGUAGAUUUGCAGAUUCGUUUAAAAAUACAAUCAACAUUGAGACUAUUAUUUAA